UAUUACGAAGCCCACCCUUACUUCAGCUCUGGUUUUCAAACCUCAGCUUCGGAUCCAGCUCUAACUCUUCUACCCCCUAGCUCCUGUGUUAAUAUACUUCCUUCUAGCCCAAUAAUCGCGAAGCCCCAAUUUUACUCGUUGCAAAUCGCCAAAGCAUGGAGACAACGCUUUGAUCAAUGGAGAUCGCUGUUGCAGGAGUCCAAGAUUGGUAAUGCAGGCUUUUUGAUCCAUCUAAAUUAUCAAGGUUAAAGGUUUUUAAGCAGCUUUGAUUCGCGUUUUUGAGCUGAAAACAUGGCGCAGAGCAACUGGGAAGCAGAUAAAAUGCUUGAUGUGUACAUAUACGAUUAUUUGGUGAAGAAGAAACUGCAUGCCACUGCAAAGUCCUUUAUGAAUGAAGGGAAAGUAGCCCCAGAUCCAGUAGCAAUUGAUGCUCCUGGAGGGUUUCUUUUUGAAUGGUGGUCUGUCUUCUGGGACAUUUUUAUUGCAAGGACAAAUGAGAAACAUUCAGAGGCUGCUGCAGCAUAUAUAGAGGCACAACAAGUUAAAGCAAAGGAGCAGCAACAACAACAGUUGCAAAUGCAGCAGUUGCAACUGAUGCGUCAAGCUCAAUUCCAACGGGGAGGUCCUAAUAAUCCAUCUCUUGGCGGUCCAGUAAAUGCUAUUGGUUCUGAAGGAAUGCUUGGUCAAUCCACUGCUAGUGCAAUGGCGGCAAAAAUUUAUGAGGAACGUAUGAAACACUCUAAUCCAAUGGAUUCAGAAACAUCCCAGCCACUCCUUGAUGCUAGGAUGCCUCUACUAAAACAAGCAACAAAUCAUCCUGGCCAGUUGGUCCAAGGGAAUUCUGGGAGCAUUACAGCAGCAUUGCAGCAAAUCCAGGCACGAACUCAACAGACUACUGACAUCAAAAGUGAAGUGAACUUGGGUACUGCUCAAAGAUCUUUGCCUAUGGAUCCUUCUUCAAUUUAUGGGCCGGGAAUCAUGCAGUCAAAACCUGGAAUGGUAAAUACAGCUUUGAACCCUGGUGUUGGCAGUCUUCCAUUAAAGGGGUGGCCCCUAACAGGGAUUGACCAAAUUAGACCAAGUUUGGGUGCACAAGUUCAAAGGCCUCUUUUGCACGGUGCAAGUCAGUUUCAGCUUUUGCCACAACAACAGCAACAACUCUUGGCACAGGUUCAAGCACAAGGCAAUCUUGCUAAUUCACCAAUAUAUGGAGAUAUGGAUCCAAGAAAGUUUAGGGGAUUUCCUAGAGGCAAUUUGCAAGCCAAAGAUGGCCAACCAAAUGCAAAUGAUGGAUCUAUUGGUUCUCCAAUGCAAUCAACUUCAUCUAAGAUGAACAUGCCACCGAUGCAACAGUCGUCCUCUCAACAGCAAGAUCCUCUACAAUCGCAGCAAGUACAGAAUAAUCGAAAAAGGAAAGGUCCUUCAUCUUCUGGACCUGCUAAUAGUGCUGGCACAGGAAACACUGUAGGCCCUUCUCCUAAUUCUCAACCAUCAACACCAUCAACUCAUACUCCUGGUGAUGGAAUUUCCUCAGCAGGCAACUUGCAGCAUGUCAGUAGCAUGUCGAAAGGCAUGAUCAUGUAUGGUGCUGAUGGAACAGGAGCUCUUGCAUCAUCAACAAACCAACUGGAAGACAUUGAACAUUUUGGAGAUGUUGGGUCCUUAGAUGAUAACGUUGAAUCUUUUCUCUCACAUGAUGAUGGAGAUGGAAGGGAUUUGUUUAGCACAUUGAAAAAGAAUCCUUCUGAACAUGCAACAGAGGCUUCCAAGGGUUUCUCAUUCAGCGAAGUUGGUUCCAUUCGUAAAAGCAAUGGCAAAGUUGUUUGCUGUCAUUUCUCCACAGAUGGGAAGUCAUUGGCCAGUGCUGGGCAUGACAAGAAGGUUGUUCUUUGGAACAUGGAAACUCUGCAGACGGAAUGCACUCCUGAAGAACACAAUCACAUAAUUACUGAUGUUCGUUUCAGACCAAAUACAACUCAGCUGGCAACAUCUUCAUUUGAUACAAGUGUUCGACUCUGGGAUGCUGUAGAUCCAAGGUAUUCCUUGCAGACAUAUACUGGGCAUACCUCACAUGUGAUGUCUCUUGAUUUCCACCCUAAGAAAAAUGACCUUUUCUGCUCUUGUGAUGGUAACAAUGAGAUACGCCUCUGGAACGUCAAUCAGUAUUCUAGCACCCGCAUAUCUAAGGGAGGUACUGCACAAGUUAGAUUUCAGCCAAGAAUUGGGCAGCUGCUGGCUGCAGCUGCGGAGAAUGUUGUGUCCAUAUUUGAUGUUGAAACUGACAGACAGACGCACUCAUUACUGGGUCACUCCACUGAGGUACACUCCAUUUGUUGGGAUGUAAAUGGAGACUUCUUGGCCUCUGUCAGUCAAGAAUCUGUCCGAGUGUGGUCAUUGGCGUCAGGAGAGUGUAUUCACGAACUUAUUUCCAGUGGGAACAAGUUUCAUUCUUGUGUUUUCCAUCCAAGCUACUCCACUCUCUUGGUCAUUGGAGGCUAUCAGUCACUGGAACUCUGGAACACGGGUGAGAACAAGUGUAUGACGAUUCCUGCUCAUGAGUGUGUGAUAUCAGCUUUGGCACAAUCGCCGCUUACAGGGAUGGUUGCGUCUGCGAGUCAUGAUAAAUAUGUGAAGAUAUGGAAAUAAGUGCUGCCAUUUGCUUUAAGUGCUUCAUAUCAACAAUAUCAAGUAUUUGAUGCAAGUUUGAAGAAAUUUUCAAGUAUUUAAAAUAUUAACAUUCUGAUUUAUAACCAGUGAUGUCCUGAACCUGUAUCAUAUCUGAUCAAUUUUCCCGAUUCUGCCUA